AUGGCCAAGAGCAAUGCGCGCAAGGCUGCCGAGGCCGGCGGCCCCACAACCAAGCCCGGCGCUGGCAAGGGUGCUGCGGGCUGGGUGGUCCCCAAAACGGUAGCGCAUCCAGAACACCAUCACACGCUCAAUCACCUCGACCAGGUCGCGACGUUCUACUCGGUUCUUUCGUCUGCUUUGGCAGGAGAGCAAGGUGCGGGAAUGGUAGGGCUGCAGGGCGAGAUGGUGCGGUCGGCACGGACGUUAUCGCGCAAGGCGGUGAUCCGGCUGGAUACGUCGGUCAAGCGAAGUGCAUGCCCAAAGUGCAGCACGGCGUGGAUCGAGGGAUUGACGCUGGCCGUCAGGUGCAAGACUUCAGGUCCGCACGACCAUGUGCUGAAGAAGCAGUGCAGAGUCUGCGGGACGAGUGUCAGGAUCCCCGCUCCUAAUACGAUCGGUCUGCCACCACACACGAGGGUGCUCGACGAACCCCAGCAGGAGGCCAAGGCGAGCGGAGACGGCGACCAGGGUAAGGGAGAGAAGAAGCAGCGGAUGUCGCAGAGACAGCGACGUCACGUUGCGGUACUUCAGCGAGACCUGCUGAAUGGUAGCAAGCCGUCGACCAGCGCGCGACUGUCCCGUCGUCAACGCAGUCAGCUUCGCCAAGCACGCCUCUCCCGGAGGAUGGAAGCUGCACCAUUGCCAGCGCCUCGAAAGCCACGCUCUCCUUCCAAGCCCAACACCACCGUCGAUCCACUGUCGUCGAUACAGACCGAAGCUCAAGAUGCAGACUCGGGCCUUGGGCAACCAAGGGAGGCAGGCGUGCGCGUGCAUCUGCCACAGUUCAAUGACCGAGUCGCCGGCACUGGCUGGGACGACGCGCUUGUCACACUCUCCUCGCUGCCGUCCUCGACAGACAGCCAGAGCCUGGAUGUGUUCACGGCAGCAGCACGCGCGAGGGGCGACCACACGCUCGUCCGUGCCAUUGGCAAGAACGGCUCCCUCGGCCCGCAACUUCCCUAG